AGUACUUUGCGCAUGCGCCGUAAAACCAAACACACGUUGUUUGGAAACGUGUUUAGCAAAAAUAGUUAGCGGUCACUACCCUUUCUACGUCUUUACUUGGUUUGUCGUCAACCCAUUUCGCAUGUAGAUCUCCUGUGUGGUAGUUAACAUCUCUUUCAAAAACCGGACGACAAUAUUGAGUGUAAACGAAGCUAGUUAGCCGCCUAGCUUAGACCGCUAUAGUAAUAAGGGGGCAGCAUGGCAGCUGUAGUGGGACUGAUCGCUGGAAGCUACGAGCAGGUCACAUUUGGUUACCGAGUGAAAACUGAUGAAAAAGAGUGGACGGCCAAGGCGGAGUUCACACAUCACGCUCACACGGCCUCAGUUUCAGCCGUGGCCGCCAGCGAGAGGUUUGUCGUCACGGGAAGCAAAGAUGAGACCAUUCAGUUGUAUGACAUGAAGAAGAGGAUCGAGCACGGCGCCCUGCUGCAUCAUGACGGCUCCAUCACCUGCCUUGAGUUUUAUGGGACGUCCCACUUGCUGAGCGGAGGAGAGGACGGGCUGCUGUGUGUGUGGAGCACCAAGAAGUGGGAGUGUUUGAAAUCCAUCAAAGCUCACAAAGGUCAGGUCACGUCGCUGUCCGUCCAUCCUUCUGGGAAGCUUGCGCUUACAGUUGGGACAGAUAAAACUCUGAGAACGUGGAAUCUUGUUAACGGAAGAUCAGCUUUCAUCAAAAACAUAAAACAGAAUGCAGACAUUGUGAGGUGGUCUCCAGAAGGGGAUAAAUACGUGGUGGUGAUGAACGACAAAGUGGAUGUCUAUGAUCUGGCGACGGCGUCUGUGACAGGAACGAUCUCAAACUCCAAGCGGAUCUCAUGUGUUAAGUUCUUAAAUAACUCCAUCCUGGCUGUCGCAGGAGAUGAUGAGACUGUGAGAUUAUGUGAUGUGGACAAAGUGCAAUGUGUUUGUGAGUUCAAGGCUCACGAAACCAGAGUGAAAGCUCUUGAUAGUUUGAUUGUGGAUGAUUACUGCAUGGUGGUGACCGCUUCAAAUGACGGAUUCAUCAAGAUGUGGAAAAUCUUUCUUAAUGAGGAGAAGAUCAAGUCUCCCACCCUUUUGGGGGAAGUGAACACAACAGCUCGACUGACGUGCCUCGCCGUGUGGAAACCCUCGUCGGUGCAGGGGAUCGCUGAAGAACCGGCAUCUGGAGCAACAACAUCUGAAGAACUUACCCAGGAACUAUCAAAGACAAAGAGAGUCCGAAUUACAGCAGAAGAAGUUGUUCUCGAACAUGAGGGCAAACCCAAAAAGAAGAAGAAAAAGAACAAUGCAAAAUAAAUUGGCCAACAAUAAAAAUGUUUUAUUUUC